CUUAUCAGUGACAUCCACAAAGUACUGGGACCUGACCAAGGACUCGACUCCAAGAACAUUGAUGCGGGUGAAAUCAUUCGUCUUAUGGAACAAUAUAGUUCAAACUCAAAAGAUUGGGCAAAAUAUGCCAUGUUUGAUCAUUCUCGUGCUUACACUCGAAACCUGAUUGAUGAUGGCAAUGGCAAGUUCAACUUGAUGAUUCUCGCAUGGAGUAAAAAUCAACAAAGCCCUAUUCAUAACCAUUCGGGUUCACACUGUAUCAUGAAGAUUCUUGACGGAGAACUUCAAGAAACUCUUUAUGAUUGGCCAAAUCGCCCAUCAAUUGACGGUGGUGUACCCUUGAAUGUAUCAAGAGACACGAUGUACCACGCAAACCAAGUGACCUAUGUUCAUGAUUCGAUUGGUUUGCAUCGCAUCAAGAAUCCAAGUCAGCAGCAGGGUGCUGUUUCACUUCAUCUGUAUACACCGCCAUACCAGCUCUGUAAGACAUUUGAGGAGAAGACUGGAAAGGCUCGCAGUAGUGGUGUCUGCACAUUCUACUCCGUCAAAGGAACCCCAGUG